GGGGACCUCCCGCCGCGGGCGUCUUCGGGGCGCGGCGGCUGUCGGUGCCCGCGGAGCCCGGCGGGACGGCGGGGGAGCGCGAGGGGAACGGAGCGGCGAAAGAGGCGGCAGUGGAUCCGUCCGGCAGUCGGUGGCCCACGGUUGCUCGGCAACAGCAGAAGCGGAUUGAAGGGACCGGCCGCUGGAGGAUGCCGAAGCCUCCCGGGUCAGCGAUGGGAGCAGCUUUGCGUAAAGCGAGGGGCGCCUGUCCCUGUUUUCUCUUCCCGCUUUUGAAGAGAAGCUGCCGAGUCAGCGUACGCUGCGGUGAAGUUCUACAAGAUGCGGCCCUCAGGAACCGGUUGACGUGAGGGAAAUGCUUUCUGACCGCCUGCGCGGUGAGGGGACGUUUUUCACCUUUUAGCUCCUUCUGCACGACAAGAGGGAGACGGAAGGUUAAGUAACACGUUGUUUAGGAGCUGAGAGCUUAGUUUGUAUUUAACUAAUAAUUAAGAGACGUGUUGUCAGCGAGAAACUAAACGAUUACAACUAACCUCAUCAAAUGAAGUAAAGACAGGCCAGCCAGGCGUGGUGGUGGAGUUGCUCUCUAUGUGAGAGAGCAGCUACAGUGUACUAAAUUCUGCCCAGGAGCGGAUGAGGAGCGAGUUGAGAGUGUAAGGGUCAGGAUCAAGGGGCAGGCUGGCAGGGGUGACACUGCUGUGGGCGUCUGUUGCAGGCCACCAGAUCAGGCUGAGGAAGUUGAUGAGGCCUUCUAUGGGCAGCUGAGAGCGGCCUCACGGUCACAGGCCCUGUUGUUGUGGGGGAUUUUAAGUUCCCUGGUGUUUGCUGGAAGGACCGUUCAGCCAGCCAGCCACAGUCCAGGAGGUUCCUGCCGUGCAUCGGUGAGAACUGCCUCAUGCAGGUGGUGGAGGAGCCGACUGGGAGAGGUGCACUGCUGGAUCUCAUCCUCGCUAGCAAGGAGGGUCUGGUCGAAGCAGGAAAGGUUGAGGGCUGCCUGGGCUGCAGUGACCACGAGAAGGUGGAGUUCAGCAUCUUGUGUGGCAGGAACAGAACAGCAAGUAGAAUUGCAGCCCUGGACUUCAGCAGGGCUAACUUUGGCCUUUUCAAGCAAUUGCUGGGGGAAAUCCCACGGGCAAGACUGCUUGAAGGAAAAGGGGCCCGAGAUAGCUGGGUUGCAUUCAGAGAUUGCUUCUUCCACGCUCAGGAUCAGAGCAUCCCCACACGAAGGGAGUCAAGGAAGGGAGCCAGGAGGCCUGCGUGGUUGAAUAGGGAUCUGUUGGGUAUGCUCAAGCAGAAGAGGAGAGUUUGCAGGUCAUGGAGGCAGGGGCUGGCCACUUGGGAGGAAUAUAAGGCUGCUGUUAGAGGAUGCAGGAAGGCAGCUAGGAUAGCCGAGGCCCCCUAGAAUUACAGCUGGCGAGAGGGGUCAAGGACAGCAAAAAGAGCUUUUUCAAAUACAUAGCAGAUAAAACUAACACCAGAGGCAAUGUAGGCCCACUGAUGAACGGGGUGGGUGCCCUGGUGGCAGAAGAUACAGAGGAGGCAGAAUUCCUGAAUGCCUUCUUUGUCUCUGUCUACUCUGCCGGAGGCCGUCCUGGGGAGCCCUGUACCCCUGAGACCCCGGAUGAAGCCAGGUCAGUGGAGGAGUUUGCUUUAGUCGAUGAGGACUGGGUUAGGGAGCAAUUAAAUAGUCUGGACAUCCAUAAAUCCACGGGUCCGGAUGGGAUGCACCCGCGGGUGCUGAGGGAGCCGGCUGAAGUCACUGCUGGACCGCUCUCCGUCAUCUUUGCCAAGUCUUGGGAAACGGGGGAGGUGCCCGAGGACUGGAGGAAAGCAAAUGUCACUGCAGUCUUCAAAAAGGGCAAGAAGGAGGACCCGGGUAAUUACAGACCGGUCAGCCUCACCUCUGUCCCUGGGAAAGUAAUGGAACAGCUUCGCCUAGACAAUAGAGCAGUGAGGUGGGUUGCAAACUGGCUUAAGGAGAGAAGCCAGAGAGCGGUAGUCAAUGGUGCGGAGUCCAGCUGGAGGCCAGUAUCCAGUGCAGUGCCUCAGGGGUCAGCGCUGGGGCCAAUGUUGUUCAAUAUAUACAUUAACGAUUUGGACGAGGGAAUAGAGUGCACUAUCAGCAAGUUUGCUGAUGACACCAAGCUGGGAGGGGUGGCUGACACGCCAGAGGCUGUGCUGCCAUCAGAGACCUGGACAGGCUGGAGAGUUGGGCGGGGAAUAACCUGAUGAAAUUUGACAAGGGCAAGUGUAGAGUCCUGCACCUGGGCAGGAACAACCCCAGGUUCCAGUAUAGGUUGGGAAAUUACGUAUUAGAGAGCAGUGGAGGGGAAAGGGACCUGGGGGUCCUGGUGGACAGCAGGAUGACCAUGAGCCAGCCCUGUGCCCUUGUGGCCAGGAAGCCAAUGGUACCUGGGGUGGGUUAGAAGGGGGUGGUCAGUAGAUCGAGAGAGGUCCUCCUGCCCCUCUGCUCCGCCCUGGUGAGACCGCAUCUGGAAUAUUGUGUCCAGUUCUGGGCCCCUCAGUUCCAGCAGGACAGGGAACUGCUGGAGAGGGUCCAGCGUAGGGCAACCAAGAUGAUUAAGGGAGUGGAGCAUCUCCCUUAUGAAGAAAGGCUGAGGGAGCUGGGUCUCUUUAGUUUGGAGAAGAGGAGACUAAGGGGGGACCUUAUCAAUGUUUAUAAAUACAUAAAGGGUGAGUGCCAUGAGGAUGGAGCCAGGCUCUUCUCGGUGGCAAACAACGAUAGGACAAGGGGUAAUGGGAUCAAGCUGGAACACAAGAGGUUCCGCUUAAAUUUGAGAAGAAACUUCUUCUCAGUGAGGGUGGCAGAGCCUGGCCCAGGCUGCCCAGGGGGUUUGUGGAGCCUCCUUCUCUGCAGACAUUCAAAACCCGCCUGGACGUGCUCCUGUGCGACCUCACCUGGGCGUUCCUGCUCCACGGGGGGAUUGGACUGGAUGAUCUUUUGAGGUCCCUUCCCGUCCCAAACAUACUGUGAUACUGUGAAGAAUGCGGCUUAGCAGCGCUGCUGACUCUGCCGUCCCGUUCCCUUCCCCGUUUCAGCCGGCGAGGCGGCCGGAGGACCCGCUCUGUGCGGCCGCGGGGCCCGCGGAGUCGAGGGCUCUGUCGGCGCGCCCCGGGGGUUUCUCUGGAGAGACUCCUCGUCUCGGUCGCGUGGCGGCGGGGACGGACGAGGACCUCUGGCGAGGGGUCUUUCUGCGCUGGGAGCCGGGACCGGGCACGCGCUCGCGGGGCGUCCGUAAGUCGCGGUACGGAAUUUAGGCAGGAUAGCGCGCACGGGCUUGCGAGCGCCUUACAGGCGUGCGGUGGUUGCUCGUGCGGCCAGCUUUUGGUGUCGGUUGUUCCGGCGCUCCGUCGCGGUGUAGAGCCGGCCCCGUACGUAGCGAGGGGGAGCUGUGACCGCCCCGUGCUCAGCAGACCCCCCAGCCCGGGUCGGGGGAGCAGCGCCGGAGCGGGAGACGCGGCUCCGUCCUCCGUCCCCAGCGUGCCGGGGGGCGGCUGCCGGCCUGUGGGACGUGGCUGCGGCUGUUCGGGGCGCUGCCCCCCCAUUUUUGGGCGCUCUGGUAUGUACAUAGGUAAAUGGCGUUUUAAAGUAAUGUGCUGCCCGCUGGGGCUGUUUUCCUUUUCUACCUUUUUUUUUUUUGAGUGAAUAAAUGGGGGGACUCGGGGGGUGACGAUGAUGUUGCUGGAGGAGCAGGCCAGUGAGAGAUGGGGGCUUUCAGCCCCAAAAUGCCUGAACAAUCAUGGGUGGGGUGUUUAGUGGUACUGUGGGGAGGAGAAAUGUCUCCCUGUCCGUUGCAGAGAAAACAGAACAAUCCCACAUCAAAGCUGUCCUAGAGAAGUACUUGCUGUUUGUCAUUGCGGUUCUAGAGCAGCCCGAUGUGCUGUUAAAGGUUGUGGUGGUGCGGGUCAGGGAUCCCCAGGCUGUGCCGAGACCGCAGGACGGCUGCUGGUGGAACAAAGUCAAGGACAGCUUCUCAGAGUAAGAACCUCUCUAUUUGUUCUCCUCGGGACACAUCCCUUUGCCUCUGGACCCCUCACAAGCUCACUCGCCACCUUGUUCCCUCAGAAACCCGUUUCCUCCCAGUUCCUCUGCGAUUGCCCUGCCUGCCUUUGGGUCCCUGCAGGCUCGUUGGUGGCAUCACGGUGCCUGUUUGACCUUUUGCCCCGUUAAAUUCCCCUCUUUUCUCUCUUCCCCUCAAAACUUCCCCAGUUGCUCUUGUCACAUGCCAGAGGCCUCAUUUUCCCCUCUUGUCUCCUCUCAGGACCCCCCAUCUGUUGGCCCCUGUCGAGGGUUUAGAUUGCGGGGUGACAGUAAAACCCUGGCAGAUGUAUUGUUAACCCCGUCUCCCCCCCACUUCCCCCUUUUGCCCCUCCCUCUCCCCCCUUCCCACUCAGGACAGGCGAUCCGGAGGGAAAGAAGGACAGAGAGAAGAGAGUUGGAAAAACUGACAGUGUUUUACUAAUGCUAUAUUAAGAGUAGAGAAAAUAAUACAAAACCAAUCCUGAAAGUCUCAGCAACUGCAGAGCCAGCACCUGAAGUCCUGGACUGGACUCUGCAGCCAACCGGAGCUGGAUUCAGUCUCUCAGUAGGCCUCAGUUUGCAGGGACGACUAGCAAGGUCCUCUCCUAAUGUCACCAUAAGCAGAAGGGACGAAAAGGGGCAAAGAGGACAAGAUCCUCAUGAUCUGCCACUUGUAUAUGAAGUAUUCAUGUGAAGGGGAUGUUAUACACGGUUGGUCAGUUUGUUGGUCACCUGUUUCUUGUUGCUCCUCUUGCAAGAUGUGAAUCUGUCCUGUCAACAAGUAAGCAUUCCAUUGCAAUGUUUAUCAAAACAUGUAUGUAUCUGGUUCUCCAGGAAAAGGCAGCUAAUAUGAAGCUUUAGCUGACAGGCAAAUUCAUGCUGUCUGCCUAUCAGAUUGCCGGAGGGGCGGGCGUCGAGGGCUGGGUACUGCGUGCCGCCCGCAGCCAAUGAUGGUGCGGAAGAGGCGGGCGUUGCGGUGUCCCUACUGCGCAUGCCCCAGUCGCGAGCGCUGAUAGGCGGAGAGGGAGAUGAUUGACGUGUCCCAGGGAGCCAACCGGGAUGCGGCAAGGGGCGGGUGCUGCAGUCUCCCUAGUGCGCAUGCCCAAACCGCGAGCGCUGAUAGGUCCGCGGUGUCUCGGUGCCGCGCCGUGGGGGGAGACCGGGAGCGAACGGGAACGGGGGUCGGGGCGGCUGCGGAGCGCUCGCUGCGGCCGGCGCCCGGGCAUCGGGAGGCGGGCGGCUCAGGGCCGCCCUUCGUGAGGUUUCCCGGAGGCGGCAGGAGGGCGGAGGGGAAGGAGGGGACAGCCGGGGACCUCCCGCCGCGGGCGUCUUCGGGGCGCGGCGGCUGUCGGUGCCCGCGGAGCCCGGCGGGACGGCGGGGGAGCGCGAGGGGAACGGAGCGGCGAAAGAGGCGGCAGGUGAGUGCGGCAGCGGCGAGGGUGACCGUGCCGUUGGAACGGGGGGAGCGGGAGGGGCCGGCGCGGCGCGGCGCGGAGGCGUUCGGUUCCGGUUCCCCCCCCCGCCCCCCCCCCGCCCUUACGGCCGCGCUGGCGAAGCUGCUGGGAGGCGUGCGGUCCGGAGCCGCGUCUCCCUCCGGCGCAGCGCCCGUGCCCGGUGCGGCAGCCCCUCCGGGAGCGGCGCAGCCCCCGUCGGUCGCGGGGACGGUUACAAGCAGAGCUAAGGCGCGGUUGCAGGCGGGCUGGGUGGCGUGGCGAGCGGGGCGCCGCUUCGGCGGGAGCUCGGGGCGAGCCCCGGCGGGUUCCGUGUCCUGCGGGCGCGGCUUUCGCGCCGCGGCUCUCUCUGUGCGCUUUUUUGUUUGGUCGCGUUUGUUUUUUGGUUUUUUUUUGGCGGGAUUCCCGCGAAACGCGGCACGACCGCUCGCCCGGGGCUGCCGCGGCGGGUCUCAGUGGCGCCGUCCUGUGGGCAAAGCGCGGUACUGCACCCGGCCGCCCCAACGCGGUGCCGCGGCGCGCCUCGGUGCUGCCGCCCUGUGGCGAAACUCGGGUACUGCAGCGCACGGCAAGGGGGGGGGGCAGAGACGCCGAUCGAGCCGCGGGGGUUCGCGGUCGGGUCUGUGCGUGCCGGUGUCCGUCCCCCCCCGACGGGGGUCAGGUCCCCAUUGGUGUGCAAACGACAUCCCUCCCUCGGGGCCUCCUUAAACGUUUAAUGACAUAAAUAUUGCUCCUGCUAACGUUGUCGGCGCGGCUUCUUU